AUGAAUAAAUUAACAAAAUUGUCAGUUAUAUCAUCGAUCCUUGUAUUUUUUUGCUUUUUUAACGUUCUUUGUUUGAGAGGCAAAAAUGGAUCAGAAAUGUCAUCAUCUCUUGAAGGUGGAGUAGAAUCUGCCAAUCGUAUAAAAAACAGUUUAUCGUCAUUUAUAUCAGAAUCUGCAUCAGUGGAUGAUAUUGGAAAUGGAUUAGCUGAAACAAUUACCAAUGAAAUCUUUAGUGCAUUUCAACAAGACUCAGCAUCAUUUUUACAAACCCAAUUUGACAUAAAAAAACAUAUAAAAGAAAAUGCAAAGAAAGUACUUAUUGAAGCCAUAAGAUUAGGAUUAGAACCAAUUGAGAAGAUUGUAGCACAAUCUAUUCAACCUCCUAAAGUCAACCGUCAUACAUACUCAUUAGUGUCUCCAGUAGUGAAAGCGCUUUUUAACAAGAUAGAAGAGGCUGUUCACAAACCAGUUAGUGAUAAUAUAUGGGAGUAUGAAGGUGGUAAUGAAGAAUAUGAUGAAAACGAAGAAGAAUUCGACAAUGAUUUAUUUAAUUAA